CAUUUGCGUCACUCAAGCCCCGCCCCUGCAGAAUUUAAUUCGAUACUGGGCCUGUUUUGGUAGUUACCCAGCCCUUCUUCCUUGAUUGGCUUUUAUAGUCAUCCAUAUCCCUCCUUCAACAGCACUUUGCACAUCACUGUGGCUACAGCAGAGCACUGGAGCGCCUGAGGCGGAAGCGGAGGUGAUGAAUUGUGAUCCUAGUGUGGACUAGGGGCAGCACAGCCUUAGUCAUAGCUGUUCCCCCUCAGCCCUCCCUCCACCGGAAGUAAGGCGGCGCGGCUAGCAGGUCAACAUGGCUGCGGGCUCUGCGUCUUCCUUAGGUGGCGGUGCCUGGCCAGGCUCAGAGGCUGGGGACUUCUUGGCACGCUAUCGGCAGGUGUCCAACAAGCUCAAGAAGCGCUUCUUGAGGAAGCCGAACGUGGCCGAGGCCGGGGAGCAGUUCGCCCAGCUAGCCCGGGAGCUGCGCGCCCAGGAGUGCCUGCCUUAUGCUGCCUGGUGCCAGCUGGCUGUGGCGCGCUGCCAGCAGGCGCUCUUCCAUGGGGCUGGGGAAGCGCUGGCCCUCACAGAGGCGGCCCGACUUUUCCUGCGGCAGGAGUGCGACGCGCGCCAAAGCUUAGGCUGUCCAGCCGCCUAUGGGGAGCCUUUGCAGGCGGCCGCCAGCGCCUUGGGCGCCGCUGUGCGCUUGCACCUCGAGCUCGGCCAGCCUGCCGCUGCUGCGGCACUGUGCCUGGAACUAGCUGCGGCCCUUCGCGCAGUGGGCCAGCCGGCCGCUGCUGCAGGUCACUUUCAGCGUGCUGCCCAGCUGCACCUGCCCCUCAUGCCACUGGCCGCGCUGCAGGCGCUUGGUGAUGCUGCCUCCUGCCAGCUGCUGGCGCGCGACUACACGGGCGCCCUGGCGCUCUUUACACGCAUGCAACGCCUGGCACGGGAGCAUGGGGGCCACCCGGUACAGCAACCCGAGCUGCCGCCGCAGCCGCCUUCUGGGCCCCAGCCACCCCUGUCGGGACCCCUGGCGAGACCUGUCUUGGGCUCGACCUUGCCCCUCCCGCUGCCCCCGGACCACGCCCCAGGCUCUGUGGCGUCUUCACCUGGCACACUUGGUGCCUUUGCUGACGUCCUAGUCAGGUGUGAGGUGUCCCGUGUACUGCUGCUGCUGCUCCUGCAACCACCACCUGCCAAGCUGCUGCCGGAACAUGCCCAAACCCUGGAGAAGUACUCCUGGGAGGCUUUCGAUGGCCACAGCCAGGAUACCAGCGGCCAGCUUCCUGAGGAGCUGUUUCUGUUAUUGCAGUCCCUGGUCAUGGCUGCCCAAGAAAAGGACACUGAAGGCAUCAAGAAGCUGCAGGUGGAGAUGUGGCCACUGCUAACCGCUGAGCAGAACCACCUUCUCCACCUCGUUCUGCAGGAAACCAUCUCUCCCUCUGGACAGGGUGUCUGAUAAGUCACCUUCCUACCAACUUGUUUUAUCUUUGGGGACAGGUGAUGGAAUAUGUGAUCUAGCUUCUGUUUUUUGUCUGUUUUUGUUUUGUUUUUCUUUUCAUUUCUAUUGCUGCCAUGGUAGUUUAGCUUUGUGUGCCUAGCAGGUUACUUAAAUUAGUGCCCUCCAAUUCCAUCCAUUAUUGCCUCGAAUGAGAUAUCUUCAUCCUUAAGGCUGAAGGAGACUCUACUGAGUGAUCUUUAUGCAUUGGUCAGUUGCUAGAUAAUGUUGGUUCAUUUUCCUGGCUGUUCUAGGUAUAGUGCUAAUAAACUCAGGAGGACAGUUG